UACUUCCCAAGUGCUUAGUACAGUGCUCUGCACACAGUAAGCGCUCAAUAAAUACGAUUGAAUGAAUAAAGCCAUCUCCACCAACUCCAAUCGCCCUGACUGGACUUGGACUCAGUUUUCAAAGAAUCCGGGCCGACGUUAAGAUGCUGCACUAAAGCAGGAGGCCCCGCCCCUGAGUCCCUCGAGCACCAGGAUGCCUGGGGUGGGAGACCAGGCCGUCAGGACCUCCUUCUUCGCGGGCAUCUGGACCGCAACUCUCCUAAGUCAAACCCAGGUGCCCGUGGUGAGCGACUCCUUCGCUGACUACUCCAGACAACAGCUCGAGCGGGUACCCAGCCCCCUCUCUCCAGACCUGACAACCUUAGACUUGUCCCGAAAUAAUAUAUCUGUGCUUGAGGCUGUUGACUUCUGGUCUUUAGCGAAGCUGAGGGUUUUAAUCCUUUCUCAUAAUAGAAUCCGUCACCUGGACACCAGCGUAUUUGCAUUUAAUCCGGCCCUGGAGUUUUUGGACGUAGCCCACAAUGGAUUGCAGAGCCUCUCUUGCCAUCCAGCUGUGGACUUCAGGCACUUGGAUCUCUCUUUCAACCCGUUUGAGCGGGUGCCCAUCUGCGGAGAGUUUGGCCGCUGGAUGCAGCUGGAUUUCCUGGGGCUGAGUGCCCGGCGGAUCCGGAAAGCUGAUUUGCAGCCACUGGCUCACUCGCAUCUCAGCGAGGUUUUGCUCCACAUGCCGGCCCCAGAGGGGCCAUUCAACCUGUGCUGCUUGCACACAGAGAAGCUGCACCUUGUUUUCUCUCCCUGGCUGAAUUUCCCAUCCCACUGGAUUCUGUCUAACAGCACUCUGGGAAGCCUAGAGAUAACGAACAUCCAGCUGGUCGGUGGGCCAUGUUCCGAUUUCACCGACGUUUUAUCCGAAACAAUGCGAGAUCGGAGAUUGCUCAAUCUGACACUGAACAACAUCGAAACUACUUGGGAAUGCUUGGUGGCCAUCUUCCAGCUCGUUUGGCCCCAAACUGUGGAAUACCUCAACAUCUACAACCUGACCCUCGUUAAAGAAAUCAAACAAGAAGCCUUUGACGCCACUGAGACAUCACUGAAAGGAGUGAAAUUGGAACUCGUGACCAACAAGGUUCUCUAUUUCUCUCAGGAUAACAUCUACAGAGUUUUUGCAAAGAUGAAUGUCAACAGUCUGACGAUAACAGAUUCCCCUUUCAUACAUAUGCUCUGCCCUUCUGGGGCAAGCCAGUGGCUGCAUCUGGACAUGUCCAAUAGCGUGCUGACAGACACUGUUUUUGAAACCUGCACCACCCUGGUUAACUUGGAAACUCUCAUUUUUCGAGGGAAUCAGUUAAAGAACCUGGUGCGACUGAGUCGGAUGACUAAGACGAUGCGGUCUCUCCAACAUCUGGACAUGAGUUUGAAUCUUUUGCAGUUUGAUGGGGACGCGGAAAGCUGCGAAUGGUCCGCGAGUCUGUCAACGUUAGAUUUAUCAUCGAAUAAGCUGACUGGAUCCGUCUUCAGGUGUCUGCCUCCGGGAGUCACGGUCCUUGACCUGCACAGUAAUCAGAUCCGAAGCAUCCCCAAAGAUGCCGUGGCUCUGACAGCUCUGCGAGAGUUAAACGUGGCAUUAAACUUCCUGGCAGACCUUCCAGACUGCGGGGCCUUCCGGAGCCUCUCCAUCCUGCUCAUAGAUGGAAAUUCCAUCCCCAGCCCAUCGCCCGAAGCCUAUCGAUCAUGCCGGAGCCUCAGGAGGCUCCGGGUCGGAAACAAUCCCUUCAUGUGUGGGUGUAAUCUCAGACAGUUCAUCAGCCUAGCGGCCUCUUCCUCCAGCGUGCUGGAAGGAUGGCCAGAUGCCUACGUCUGUGCUUCCUCUGAAGGCCAUAAAGGGACCUUGCUGAAGGAUGUCCGCCUGUCCGAACUGGCCUGCAACGUCCCAUUGCUGGUGGGGACCGUGCUGGUGACUCUUUUGGUCGUGGUGGCGGCCGGGGCAGCCCUGUGCCGCUACCUGGAUGUGCCCUGGUACCUGAGGAUGACUUGGCAGUGGGCGCAGACUCGGCGCAGGGCCCGGCGGGUGCCGCCCUCGGAGCUUGAGAGGAUGGCCCAGUUCCACGCAUUCAUCUCCUACAGUGAGCGGGAUGCAUCCUGGGUCAAGGCCGAGCUGAUCCCCAACCUGGAGAGCGCCGCCGUGAGCAUCUGUCUGCACGAGAGGAACUUCAUACCCGGCAAGAGCAUCUUGGAGAACAUCAUCAGCUGCAUCGAGAAGAGCCGCAAAUCCAUCUUCGUCCUGUCCCCCCACUUUAUCCAGAGCGAGUGGUGCCACUACGAGCUCUGCUUCGCCCACCACCGGCUGUUCCAAGAGGGUUCCGACGGCCUCAUCCUCAUCGUGCUGGCCCCGAUCCCACGGCACAGCAUCCCUGCCCGCUAUCACAAGCUCAAGUCCCUCAUGGCCCGGAAGACCUAUCUGGAAUGGCCCCGGGAAAGAAGCAAGCAGGGCCUGUUCUGGGCGAACCUUAGGGCUGCGGUGAACGUGGGCCGAAUCACGUCUGGCGAAGAGUGGGAACCGGUCGACUUGAAAACGUAAUCUCGU